AUGGUUUUUCUCGGUCAAGUUCGCUUUAUGGUUUAUCGAGAUUCCUUGCAUCCCGAUGACUAUCCAUUGCUGUUAGUGGUGGUUAUGGCCGACGGGGGACGGCCGCUUCCUCCAGAGUCAGAGACUCCGUACAAUCUCGUCCUCGAUCCUUGGAAACACCUGCCGGGACAAUGCCUCGUUGAGCUGGACAUCUGCAUUGCGCGCUGGGAUCACUUUCCUUUGGAGCCGAGUGGAUUGCCAAAUGCUCCGUCGAGCACGAAGAAUGCGGCAAAAUUCGUCAAGGAACGUACGAAUCUUCCCACCAGAGUCAUUGACGUCGGCGAUCAAACCAAGCAGCCACGUCUACACGUCAGCCGACCCGGCGAAACAGGAAGAUGGGUAGCCUUGAGCUACUGUUGGGGCGGCGACUCGAGUUUUAUCUUGACAAAAGAAUCCUUUCGAGACCUUCAGAGUGGUAUCGCCCUGUCGGUUUUCCCAGCUACGCUCCGGGAUGCCGUUGUCGUCACGAGAGCUCUUCAAGUGCCCUACCUGUGGAUUGAUUGCCUCUGCAUCUUUCAAGAUGACUUGAGCGACUGGGCAGCUGAGGCACCAAAGAUGUCCGAGAUCUACAGCCAGGCAGUCGUCACCAUCGCCGCAGCUAGCGCCGACGCGGUGACUGACGGGUUCCUACACCGUCGGGCGAUGCAUGUUAAGUUCCCCAUUCCAUGGCGAUCAGAAGAGGUCCUCUCCACCCGUCUCCUCUGCUACACCACGGAGCGCAUGAUCUGGCGCUGUCGAACGGGGCUGGUUCUAGAGGGAAAGGAGGAGCUGGAUCGUCUUUUACCCAACUUCUCCCUGUUCGCGGUAAAGAGACACAUCUAUCCCAUUGGCGUAAUGGACUCGGGUCACUCGACCGAUGAUGAUGAUGGCCCAGCCAGAACAAACGCAUACAGUGCCUGGUACACUAUGAUGGAAGGAUACUCCUCGCUCCGACUGACUUAUGACAGUGAUCGCCUUCCAGCUAUUAGUGCUGUUGCCAAGUUGUUUCAAGCAUCACUCCAGGACGACUAUCUCGCGGGGCUUUGGAGACGCGAACUCCCUUAUGGCUUGCUUUGGGGUUGUAAGGACCAUAUACAGAUACCCACCGAGAACCUCGUGGCGAGAAGAAUAGCAAUAUCUUCCCCCGGGCCGUGCCAAGGACCGUCGUGGAGUUGGCAAGUUCAGGCCCUCACAUACACAGCCAAGGUUGUGAGCGCUGAGAUCUUAGGCAAGCUUGGUAAUGACUUCGGCCGCAUCGAAGGGGUAAAACUUGUCCUUGAAGCCCCUUGCAAGCACCUACACCUCUGGCUUGAUAGUUACACUGAGUCUUCGAUCAAUCCGGUGUGUCUGACGGAGGGAGCCUUGGAGCAUCCUGGGCCGAUGGCGAACACAAAGAAACUCCUCCACCUCGUCCUCGCGAGACCAGAAUUGCUCGCUAAAAUCCUGAGCAGUCGCUCCGCUGUUGUUUCGAACAGAAGCACCGAGUUCACCCUCAUCCAAAUUGCGAAGACCGUGGCAAGACAAGACGUGCGGGUCGCAGUAGUGUAUUUUCUUUUACUGGAACCAAGAGGCGACGAGGAGCAUGGAGGUUGGCGGGCUUACCGGAGAGUUGGGAUUCUCGAGCUGCAGCCAUGGAGCGAUGACGACGAACCGUAUAACGGAGAGGACCCAGAGGAGAUGACGAGUCGCUUGGAGGGAGCUGCUUUCGAGGAGGUUAUGGCGGAAGAGUGGCCGAGAGAAACGUUUACCAUCAUCUAA